UGUAUUCUCACGGCGAUUCCCACUUCAGCUUGCAAAACGGCGACAAAUGAGACCUGCAUAUGUAACGAUGCCGACCUCGCCCACAAUGUCCAGACGUGUGCUAUGCAGAAGUGCAUGCCGGAAGAGUUGAUGAAACUCGCAAGAAUACAAGAUGCAGCUUGCAACCGACCGAGACGCUCACGGCGCACCCAAUACUAUGGCCUUAUUCUAUUUGAGAUAUUCACCGUUCUGUGUUUAGUGCUACGCAUUUGGUCCAGAUGGAAGACACUACACCGAUACGACAUAGAUGAUUAUAUCAUAGUGGUGGCCCUGUUGUACUACAUCGACGAGUCGUUAUACAUGUUCGCGUUAUCAUCCUGCAAGAUGGCCAUCCUUUUCUUCUACCUUCGGAUUUUCCCUCACCACCGGUUCCGCAUUUCCGUCUAUAUUGCUAUGGUGUUCGUGGUGAUCCCCACAAUCGCUUUCAUCUUCAUUAGCAUCUUUCAGUGCAGGCCAAUCCGAUAUCUUUGGGAAGGGUGGAAAGGCAACUUCGGCGAAUACCAUUGUAUUGAUAUUUCUGUUAUCGCUCUCACUGCCGGUGGCAUCGCUAUUGCCCAGGACACUAUCAUACUUGUUCUGCCUUUGCCUCUUGUGGUUGGGCUCAACGCAAGUCGGCGUAAGAGAGCCGGUAUUAUUGUGAUGUUCAGCCUCGGUGUUUUUAUCGUCAUCACCAGCUGCAUUAGAAUGAAGUACCUCAUAAACCUCGGUCAUACUACAAAUCCGACAUGGGACCUCGUUGAGAGCUCUACGUGGUCGGGAUUAGAGAUCAACGUGUCCAUGGUUGUGGCAUCAGUACCAGCAAUACGAGUAUAUCUAAUCGUGACGUUUCCCAGGAUCUUCGGCUCG